GGGGCCGGAGUGGGCACGCGCCCGCGAGGGGCCGUCGGGGGCGGAAGUGUGCGGCGGGGGCGCGCGGGCGGCGCCCCCAAUGAGAGCGCAGGGGGCGGCAGGAACGGAGCCGGCGGCGGGCGUGAGCCGCAGCGGCCAGACCGGGCCUGGCCCACAGAUCUGAUUGGUUGCCUGGCACUUCUGUGGCAAGCAGGACAAUGGCUGCUAGCAAGAGCAAGAAUCAGAGUUCCUUGGCUCUCCAUAAAGUAAUUAUGGUUGGCAGUGGAGGUGUGGGCAAAUCUGCUCUCACUCUUCAAUUUAUGUAUGAUGAGUUUGUAGAAGACUAUGAACCUACAAAGGCUGACAGCUACAGAAAGAAAGUAGUUCUGGAUGGUGAAGAAGUUCAGAUAGACAUUCUGGACACAGCAGGACAGGAGGAUUAUGCAGCUAUCAGAGAUAACUAUUUCCGCAGUGGGGAAGGGUUUCUUCUAGUCUUCUCAAUAACAGAGCAUGAAUCCUUCACAGCAACAGCAGAGUUCCGGGAACAGAUCCUGCGUGUGAAGGCUGAAGAGGAUAAAAUACCUUUACUGGUAGUGGGAAACAAAUCUGACUUGGAAGAACGCAGACAAGUGCCUGUAGAAGAGGCUAGAAGUAAGGCGGAGGAGUGGGGUGUGCAGUACGUAGAAACUUCUGCCAAAACUAGAGCGAAUGUAGAUAAGGUAUUCUUUGAUUUAAUGAGAGAAAUCAGAGCAAAGAAGAUGUCAGAAAACAAAGACAAGAAUGGCAAGAAAAGUGGCAAGAACAAGAAAAGCUUUAAAGAAAGAUGUUGCUUACUGUGAUGCUUGGGAACUGUAAAUAUCUAUCUACAGGUGGCAUGGAUAAAACACCACUAAGGAUAUAGGGCUGGAUUCAUGAAAGGAAGUCUGUAUUGACUCCCUUAUCUUUUGCUUUGCAUAUCACCUUCAAAAUGUGAAAACAGAACUUUGAAACCAUUUCUGGUAUCCAACAAAACCUAUGCCUACUCCAAACUGAAAUGGACUCAGUCUUCCCAGCGUCUUUCAAAACUAGAUGCAGUUUCCGAACUACAAUCCUUUUGCUUGGUUAUACAAAGUACUUUCUUAUUAACUUCCUAGUUUACUCUAAUGUUUCUCUGAAUAUGCUUCUCUUGAACCUCUACUGGCCUUAACAAGCACAGCUGUUCAGGUUCAAACACUUUUUCCACUGUUGCUGCCCUGAUUGAUGUUGCAAACUACAGAAAAGUUAGAUGACGUCUGGUAAAGGGUUUGAGUCUCCAUAUUCUGUUAGUUGUCACUGAUAUUUCUUACACUGAAAUCUGCUGGCUUCCUUGCCAUGCUCCAUGUUAGAAAUAGCAACUGACACUUGAGAGUCAACUCAAACUUUCUUCCACGUUCUGUGUAGUCAAUACAGCAUUCAUGAAUCAAGCCUAUGGACUUAAAUCAGACUUAUUUAGGCAAUGCAAAAAUUGAUAUUUAAAUACUGGCUAAAUGCAUUCCUCACUGGUCUGUCUUCUCAUCCUUAAAUGAGUGUCAUGGGGUGAGAAAAAGGACUAAGCCUUUCUUCAAAAGGAAUAUUAUCACCAUCUCUUUGAAAUGCUGUCCUGGGUUUCUUCCACAUAUAGGGGCUAGACUCAAUUACACUCACUCUACAUCUACCAUCCUCCCCUCCCUGGUACUGGAAUAGUGAAAAAUCAAAGUAUUUAUUCCAUUGAUUUGGUUUUGUUUAUAUUGAAACACUUGUGGUCAUGUUGGAAAUGUGGAAACACCUGCAUCUGUCUCUUGUCUUGCUGAAGAUAAACUUUGAGUAAGGAUGGGUCACAUCACAAUCAUGACAUGGAACAGGUGAGGCAUACAUGCUACCUCUCAAUGACUAGCUGGCUAAUGAGUUGUAUGGUGUCAAAAAGCAAAUGAAGUUAAGCAGUUGCCAUGUCUGUUACUUAAUUUUACACCUACUAUUUCUGAUGCACAGCAAUCUAGCACAUGGGGAUGCUUGAGUUUUGCUGUCAGCUAUGAAAUGGCGGUCAUGUACUGAUCAACAAAAACAGCCUAAAAGUGGGAGAAAAGCCAGUACUUAGCAGGUCCUCUUGUCAGCUGACUGAGCUUUUUGAUGCAGUUUAAGUGCAGUUGCCAAAAAAUACUUCUGUCACUGGAAAGUAACUGUCUCCUCUGGUUGUGGAGACUUAAUUAUGGCUAUCUUGUUUUGAAGGGAUACCAGAGACUUAAAGUAGUGAUUUUUAUCUUGCUUGUUAACUGGAUGCUUUAAAACAGUUACUUGGUGUAAGGAAGGUGCUAUAUGGCCGUUCAACCGGGGGGUGCACUGCAGCACUAAAUUAACACUCUUUUUGAGGUGAAUGAGUAGCAAAUGUUGUUCAGUACUUAGUGUUGUAAUUUGAGGUUGAAAACCACUUUUAACAUGUACUAGAUUGCUCUUGUGCAUUCCACUGCUGAACUUUGAAAAAAGUAAAUGUGUUAGAUACCAGAACCUCUGUUGGUCUGAGGUUUCACAGGGACUUAUUGCAAACUCAUUGUCUUCCGUACCUAUUUCAACUUGUCAGGCAACUCAUUGAACUGGGGAAAGUGUACUAAAUAAAAGGUGCUGUAAUCUUCAUUCUUGUCAAGUUAAAUUCCUUCUUUGUUAAUGUUACCUUGUAUGUGCAGAAAGAAUGGCCAGUUCUGGAAACAUUUGUCUUUGAACAGUGUAAUUAGUAUUACAAAGCCAACUUGGUGAUAGUUUUGAAGCAGAGGCUGGGAGCCCACAGGCUUACAGAACUUGUCAUUUGAGCUAUACCACCUGUCUAAAGCCUAAGCACCUAAUGGGACACUUGGAGCUGUAACACUUUGCUAACAAAGCUUCCUCUUGAGCUUCCAUGGAUAAAAUCCAUUUUUAAGUGGACUUUGUGCAUAGAGCAAAUGAAUGUCUGCUUCUGAAGGAAGGCAACUCGCUUAGAUGAGGCCUAAAGGUUAAGUCCUUAAUUAACCUAAAGGAUAAACAACAGUUGAGUUCACAUUACCAGCUUGUCUAGGUCAAGCCCCUCCAAGGCGGAUUGUAAAGUGUCUAACAAAACUGAGUAAGCUUUCCUUGCUAUAUGAAUAAUGUACUCAGCAAAGCUCUCAGCUGUAUUGACUCAAGAAACUUGCAUGCUUUGACCUUUGAUCUCUUUAGUUGUAAAGUACCUGAGAGUAUAUGAUAGGACAGGUGAAUUUCUGCUCAGAACAGUGAGUCUGCUGCUGAUGUUCUUACAGUCCAUGUGCUGGUUUCACUCAGGUUUUGGGUUUUUUUUUAUUUUCAGCUGAUAAAGCUCCAUCACUGAGGUGGGUUUACCUGGAAAAAGGCAUUUGCUGUUUUAUGGCUUGAUACUUGUGUUCUGUGCUUCUUGCCUUUUCCAGAACGACUGGGCCUGAAGACUGCAUACAGCAGCUUUUCAGUGUUCCUCUUCUGUAAUUGUGGCAAACUUCGGUUUAACUUUCCAGUUACAGCUGAAAACAGAUAGCCAAGGUAGCUGCCUUGUUUACUUCAUAAUGGUGGACAACAAGAAUUCUUACUUGUACCAGGAAGGCAAUAAAACUGCUCCCCAAACUGAAAUCCUGUUGCCUCUACCUCAUGAUGGAAGUGCCUGAAUGCAUGCCCUUUUAAAUAGGGGCAAUACAAUUUGAGGGUCCUUGAAUGACUCCCAGGUGUGCUUCAUUGGAUGUCAAUGGAUAUUAACAUCAGGUGGGUUGACUGAAGUGAAUAAAAAGUGGAAUGGGCUUUUGCGACUUGAGGGUUUCCUGUGAGCAGAGUAAAGGGAGCUUUGGCAUCUGAUCUAAGUGAGUACUUGUAUGUCAGGUACAUUAAACAAGGAGGAUUUUGGCCAGAGGGGUGUGUGUGGCUGCCUGAGGUGGCUGAAGGCUGUAUUGAAACUGAUAUAUUCCAGCAGCCUUUGCAUGUUAGGUAAUUAAGGACUCCUCUUCAUCAGUAUAAUGUGUUCUUAAAUCGUUCUGGAGCAUGGCUUUAGGCAAGUAACUGGGUAUUUGAAGCUGGAGGUCAUGCAAGACUUGACUAUGCAGUUGCAUUUAAGCAUUCAAAUGUUCUUCUUCCAUAAUGGCUUAACAUAGUCAGAGACCUGUUUUACUGUUCUGUAUGUGGCUUAGCUGUGAGUAUUCAAGUGCUGCAGUCUUCCUUCUGGUUUGAGCAAAUGUUUAUGAGACAAGCCCCCAUUGUAGCAGUGCCUAAGUCCUUGCAUGAGAUUCCACUUGAAAAAGCAGGUUAAACUCUAGGAGUAUAAAAGCAAACUUGACUCCUUUUUGGGGGCAGCAACUCUCCGGGUGAGAGUGCAGAUGCAGCAUGAAGCGCAUCUUUGGUGACUCAGUGACUUGUACCAUGUGUUCUAUACAGACUAUAUGCCUUUACUGCAAUUUCUAGGCAAACGCUUGGCCCAGUGAAAAGAAGGCUGUAUGCACAUGCUUACUGGGCAUUAAACUUCAGUGCAUUGUUAAUAACUAUCUGAAGUUCUAGUUGAAUCCUGUCUGGCUAAUACAAUGCUGAAUACUUAAGGUCUAAGGCAAAACCCUAUGAUCUGGAAUGUAGUAAGGGGGGUGGUGGGAAGCAAUGCAUUUAACUAAAUGCUCACCAGGAUCUUUUUUUAAAGCUUCCCAAAGCAUUAACCCAGUACUUGAGGCUGACAGGUCUAUCAAUUCUUGCUCAAAAAGAGGAUGCUGUUUAUCAAUUCAACUCAGAGCUUAUGUAGCCAGAAGCUUUCUUUAAUUGCUAUAAGCAUAUGUUGCAAUGUUCACCUCCUGUUGACUUUAUAGUUGGGAGAAGGAGAGAAGAGGAACAAAGACGCUAUGAUUUUCACUGCAAUCUCCACACUUCAUGGGAAUGGCAGGUGUUCCUCUUGGGAGGGGAAGGUGUUAUCUCUAACACCAAGAAAGAGGUUUAGUGCAGAGGAAGUGAUUGUGACUGCAAGAUUUAAUAAAACUGCCUCUAAACUAUGUAUGCUAUACUAUACAAUGUCAGUUCUUAUUUUUUCUUACAUAGCUUUGGAGCUUUGUCUCUAACUUGCACAAACAUUUUUAAUGUUUAUAAAAACUGGUCACUUUUCAUUAUCAUGCAAUACAACUGAUUUGUAUUACUAUUGAUAAUAAAAAGAAAAACAGGCAUGGUUUUGU